CGGCUCUUGGUCAUGUUUAUUCCCGCCCCCUCGAUUGAGCACAGUUGCGCCUCCAAGACGCGGGUCGCGUCCCUGAGCUACAUAGUACAAUGUUUGCUACUCCCGGACACUGUGAGAAAUUUGGGGUUAUGUGAGGAUUCCAAAUCAGUUUGACAACAAUAAACAGUUUAAAAGAAAGUGUGGGGGGGAAAAAUAAAAUUCAAGAAGGCACCCUUAAAGGAAAAAAACUCAACCUUGACUGAUCAUUGGAAGCUUUGGAAGCAAAAUAAGUGAAGCAUGCACAGUCACAAGAUGGGUAUGAGGCUGCUCUACAGACUGACCUUCCUGUCUGGGGUGCUUGAGUGUCUCUGCUUUGCUGGUGUCGUAUUUGGGUAUGCCUCCUUGGUGUUUGUGUUGAAGAAGGAUGGCUACUUCAGCCAGCUGUGUGUCAGUGCUCCUGACAGCCCUUUCACAACUACUAUUAAAGACUGCAGUAGUCAGGAUGAGAAGUUUGGUCUGGUUUUCACCAUUGCAUCUUUCCUCAACAACUUUAUGAGUAUAUUUUCUGGAUUCAUUUUUGAUCGCUUUGGCACAAUGAUAACCAGGCUGCUGGCAAUAUCUCUAUACACGACUGGAACCCUUCUUGUGACCUUUGCUAAUUCAACACUUUCAAUCCUGCUUUAUCCCGCUCUGUCCUGCAUUGCUGUUGGGGGGAUUCUGCUCCUUAUGACAAACAUGCAGGUGGGCAACCUGUUUGCAGCUCAUCGCUCCACCAUCAUCACCCUCUACAAUGGUGCCUUUGACUCCUCAUCGGCGGUGUUUCUUGUCAUGAAGGUCCUACAUGAACAAGGCAUCUCAUUGCGCUCCUCCUUCCUCUUUCUGUCCUUGUGCUCCAUUUUGCACAUCGUGCGGACAAUCACUCUGAUGCCCAAGACUCAUAUCCCCUACCCCGUGCCACAGGGCUACACCUAUGGAAUGAAAUGUGGAAGAGGCAACUCCUACAACGUGGAGGAGAAAAUGAGGGAUGAAGCCCUGCCAGUUUCAACAAAGUCAAGUUGCAGGAUCAACACAUCUGAGGACGAGACAGAACUCAGUAGGUCUGGAAAAGAUUUAGUGCCAAGUUUCAGGAGUUGCGUGCUGUCUUGGUUCUUCAUGUGCCACCUGAUGUGGUUGUCCAUCAUGCAGCUGAGACAUUUCCUCUUCAUCGGCACGCUCAAUUCUAUGCUCAGCCACCUGGCCAAAAAUGACGCCAACCUGGUGAGUCAGUACACCAACGCCUUUGCCAUGACGCAGCUGUUUGGCGUGUUGUGUGCACCCUGGAAUGGACUCAUACUGGACAGACACAAGGGAAAGCCUCUUGGUCCUGGCGUAACAGAGAAGGAGGCAGACUUGCGUUCUGCCUCUGCCUCACUGUUCCUGACUGGCCUGCAGUGCCUGCUUUUUUCUUUGUGUGCCUCCAUUCCCUCACUGCCUUUGCAGUACUUCACCUUUGUUUUGCAAGUCAUCAACCGGUCCUUCAUCUACGGGGGAAAUGCAGUCUUCAUUAGCAUUGUCUUUCCAGCUUGUCACUUUGGGAAGCUUUAUGGCCUUGUCCUGUCCUUGUCAGCAGUAUUCUCACUACUUCAGUACCCCUGCUUUGCACUCGUUAAAGGACCUCUUGGAGGAGAUCCUUUUUAUGUGGACAUUGCCCUCACUCUGAUCACUCUGCUGGUGUUUAUCCAUCCUUUGUACGUCUUUAUCCACUGUCACAAAUCAGCCGGUCUCAGGAGGAACCGGGAAACUGUCACAUAUAAUGCCAAAGUACCCAAUGUGUUGGAAUAACUUAAAUGUGUGUACUUGUACCGUUAACAGUUUCAAGUGAGGUAUAUUGUGGACAUUUAUGUAUAUCCUGUAUAUAUACUGUAAGUAGUGAUUGUCUGACGAAGCCUUCAGUCUAACUGGUUAAAAAAAAAGGUGGACUUCAUCAGCUUCAUAGGCACACGAUCCCACCUGCUGGUCAAAACCUUGAAUGCCAUUUUAAUGAAAUGUGAUGGCCCUUUUUUAAAAAGAUCAUAGGGAGAUGUUUUAGUUGAACACAGUUUAUGCGUUCAAUAUGGGUAGGAAGAAUUUAUCUAGAACUUAUCGAGUCCUACCCCUUGUUUUGCAUAAUAAUCACACUGAAUAACCACAAUUUGAUUUUGUGUGGACUCAGUUGAUUUUACUUUUAUAGCUCUCCGGCUAUGAAGAAACUCCAGUAAAAUACACCCAUGAAGAAAUGUAAACUUUAAUUUGUCAUCUGAUGUCACUCAUCCAUAACCAAUGCGUUAAUAAUAAUAA